CUAUACUGGAGUGUUAUUUGUGCACCCAAGCGCAUCAGCAACAGCAACAACUACAUUGACUGCGCUGCAACAGUUGUGCUCUCGUUAUGGGACCCCUCAUUCAUUGCAAAGUGAUCAAGGUGUGGAGUUACAAGCCCCGAGUGAUACAGCAUGGCACGUUCUGGCAAGCGUGUGGUGGACGAUACCACAACGCGAUCCGCAAGCUGCCGUGGUUCUAGCAACAGGAGAUGGCUGGAUUUAUAUUUUACCAGACGGAGAGGAUUAUCCCCGAAUGGUUUCAUUAUCACGUUUGUCACAGCGCUCCUUGUAAGGGGCAGCGCUGCUUACAGUGAUACAUUAUCUGAGAAUGCCUGGAUGGUGUUGGCACAAAAUGCUGUGAAUGCAACUGCCUUUUGCCUCCCUCGAGUGUAUGCUGUGGGGGCCCUUAUGGAAACUUGUUUUGUGGGUGUUUGUACCGAUUUGGAUGUGUUAAGACAACACUCGUGGCUGUAUGCAAUUUCCAAAGAUUGGUCAUAUAAGAAUUUGUAUGCCCUAGGUCCUGGAGCUGCUACAUACACCAUGGAUGCAAGCAUGUAUUCCUUUCGCUUAGCCAAUGUGACAACCGCUGGAAUGUGUGUGUAUUUUGUGAAUGCUCGACAGGUGGCAGUGAAUCACACCAAUAAUGAGUUAAUUUGCCGCCAUAAAAGUGAGGCAUCUUUUGCAUAUGGGCAUAUGAAAUUACCUACAGGCUGGUUUUUGCUGUGCGGCCGUACUGCGUUUACAUAUGUUCCUGCCAAUAGUUCUGGGGGUCCAUGUGCUAUUGGUCGAGUAGCCCCCCUUCUUUUUCCCCAUCCGGAGGAAAGUGCUAAAGGCCGAUACCGUUAUCGGCGGGGGAGUAUUCCUCUAGAUUCCACCUGUAAGGCAGAAGUUACUUUGUUUUCAGAACAAGAGGCGGCAGCCCUUACUUUUACCUUGAUUGGUCUUCCAGGCAUGGUAGCACAUAAUUAUCAUGCUAUAGUGCAUCUUGCUUGUGUUGUGGCCAAGGCUCUUAAUUUAACCUCUACUGCUCUUGCUUUAUUGACACAGGAACUUGGAGAAGUUCGACGAGGGGUGUUGCAGAAUCGUAUGGCUAUUGAUUAUUUGUUAUUGAGAUAUGGUCAUUCCUGUAUGGAUUUUGCUGGCAUGUGUUGUUUUAAUAUUACAGAUGUAGAGCCUGCAGUUAAUGAGGAUGUAAAGCACCUUCAGCGUUUGGCAGACGGCAUUCGUCAGCAGCAGGAGGAUUCCUGGCUGUGGUCCUGGUUGUCAUCGUUGCGUGGAUGGACUGCUCAUAUAGUUCAGGGUGUAAUACUUGGUAUUAUAUGUCUGUUUAGCCUUGCUUGCUUGUAUGUAUGUUGCCUAUGUAGUAGACGUUGUUGUGGUAUGACCCACGCCCUGGUAAGGCCCUCUUGGUCCUUGGAGUCGCUGGAGAAAGCGAGGGGAGGAUUGUAG